CCUUAUGUGUCUUUGUUGGGAACAGAACAGACUUUCUACUUCAUCACUGGAGACGCGACAGAGCUCAAGGGAGGACACACCAAGAGGAGAAGCGCUACAGGGCCCCGGCGCCGCUGAUGGCCACGAGGACUGGACACCAAAGCCGGAGUGAAACAUUCGGAAAGAGAGGAGAAACUUCCCUGCAAGUGAAGAAGUCCGCUUUGAGAGGAAGGCUAACAGCAGUCAUUCAACCACUGGAUGGACUGGAUCACGAGGAGAAAGGUGUAGUCUUUCACUGACUUUAACUUUCUCUCCAGAAAAGUUAUUCAGACCUGCUUCAUGUUAUUUGAAAUAAAUACUCUUCAAAGGAUUUACAAUACAAGUUAUUAAUUUUUCCCCUUUCUUGAGCUCUUUCCAAAUAAUCACUUGUGAAAUUGAGAUGCUCUUUAAAGAAGGACUUGAAUGGUCCCGACAGAGCUUUUGAUUCAGCAGCCAGGCAUUUAUCUCGCUUCUCCAGCUCUCUCCGAGAGAGCGCCUUAAAGACUUCAUUGAUAUGCCUCCUUUUUUUUGAAACUUUAAAGUUGGAUUAAGAAGAAAAAGCUCUGGGCAGAAGACAAUGAAGGAGUGAAAUCUGGACGAAACAUUUUCCAGUGCAUUAAAGAGGAGAAAUGUUUACAGCGUGUGGAAUAGUCAGUGGCCCGAGCACUUGUUUGAACACCAAUACCAUCCAUCCUCAUGGACUGGGAGUCAACGGACACAUCCAAAUUGGGAACGAGGCACCCUCCGGGACCUGCCCUCUCUACCAGCCUUACACUUAUAGCGGGGCAAGCCAGCCUGCCGUAGUCAGCAACAACAAUAGCACGCCAAAACCGGCGCAGGUGCCAGUCCCGGCGCCCGCACUUAAACUUGGACAGGAGGGCUUCAAGAAAGUCUGCCGGACAGAGGAGGACAGCCCGUGCCCUUUCCCAGGACUGGCCGCCGGGGUGUUGGAGAUGCGCGUGAAGGAAGGGAGCAAGAUCCGAAACUUAAUGGGCUUUGCAAUGGCUCGCAUGCAGGGAGAGAAGGGUGCGAGUGAUGUUGGUGGGCUCAGGCAGGUGGUCUUCACUGGUUCUGGUCGCGCCGUCACAAAAACCAUCACCUGCGCGGAGAUCAUGAAACGGAAAGUCGGCUCCCUGCAUCAGCUGACCAAACUGCAGUUCAAGGUUUUAAAAGAGGUGUGGGAGAGUUCCGAAGGAGCGGCUCCGGAGAUGACGGUGCACAGGACGGUACCCUCCAUCAGCAUCCUUCUGUCCAAAGAUCCCCUGGACCCAAAGGAACCGGGAUACCAGCCUCCUGAGACACUCGGGGCAUUGUGGGAGGACGGAGAGCGAGGCGACUGCACGCAAGGCACGUGCAAGCGACCUCUGGACAACUCUGCGUACACCAUUUCCCCGCACUCUAAAAAGGUGUGUUUGGGUGAUAGAGGCUCAGUGGCGGACCUUCGCUCACUGGCAAAGGAUUGAAUCUGAGGAGUUCAUUCGGCACUGACCUCCACUCAAGCACAACGCCCAGACAAUCAGGACGCCCACUCAGACAGAACAGUGCUUUCUCAAUAGACAUAAGCACUAAUCCAGCUGCCAGAGGUCAUUUUCAACAGGACAGAAACUCUUGCCUGGGCACAAUUUGGAGGAGACAAAGUGUGCUGUGGAACAAACGCUACCAGACCUCAAUAAGAGCCACAUCCUGCUGUAUCCAGAAGAGCAUUAAAGCCAUGACAUGCACAGACCUACUGGCUGCUUUUGACUUAUUGCUCUCGUCCGUGUGCAUAAUUAACUGCAGAGCCACAAAAAAUAAUGAUCCAACAAUCGAUCACAGUAUUUUCUGCUCAUAAUUAAAAAUAAAUCCAUGUUUCGGCCUUUUAAUAAAAGAUGCCCUUUUCAUCACUCUCUCUCUCACAAACACACUGUCAUGGAACUCCGAUUAAAAAGAAAAUCUGUGUGCUGAUUUUCGAU